AUGCUUCUGGCGCGGAUGAAGCCGCAGGUGCAGCCCGAGAACAGCGGGGCGGCCCCGGGGCCGGAGCCGCCCGGGCAAGGGCGCAAAGCCGUGGAGCUGUUGGUGGUGAAAGAGCGCAACGGCGUCCAGUGUCUCCUGGCGUCCGGAGCCGGCGACGAGCAGCCCCGGGAGACCUGGGGCAAGAAGAUCGACUUCCUGCUGUCGGUGAUCGGCUUCGCGGUGGACCUGGCCAACGUGUGGCGCUUCCCCUACCUCUGCUACAAGAACGGCGGCGGUGCCUUUCUGAUUCCAUACACCCUGUUCCUUAUCAUUGCUGGGAUGCCCCUGUUCUACAUGGAGCUGGCUCUGGGCCAAUACAACCGAGAAGGGGCAGCCACGGUGUGGAAGAUCUGUCCAUUCUUCAAAGGAGUUGGCUAUGCUGUGAUACUCAUUGCCAUCUAUGUUGGCUUCUACUACAACGUCAUCAUCGCCUGGUCGCUCUACUACCUCUUCUCCUCCUUCACCCUCAAACUGCCCUGGACUGACUGUGGCCAUUCCUGGAACAGCCCCAACUGCACGGAUCCCAAACUCCUCAAUAGCUCCGUGCUGGGCAACCACACCAAGUACUCCAAGUACAAGUUCACGCCAGCAGCAGAGUUCUAUGAGCGUGGCGUCCUGCACCUUCACGAGAGCAGCGGGAUCCAUGACAUCGGCCUGCCCCAGUGGCAGCUCCUGCUCUGUCUGAUGGUCGUCGUGGUCAUCCUGUUUUUUAGCCUCUGGAAAGGAGUGAAGACAUCAGGAAAGGUUGUGUGGAUCACAGCCACGCUGCCCUACCUUGUGCUGUUUGUGCUCCUGGUCCACGGCAUCACGCUGCCCGGCGCCUCCAACGGCAUCAACGCCUACCUGCACAUCGACUUCUACCGCCUAAAAGAGGCCACGGUAUGGAUCGAUGCAGCAACCCAGAUAUUUUUUUCCUUGGGGGCUGGAUUUGGAGUCCUGAUUGCAUUUGCCAGUUACAACAAAUUUGACAACAACUGCUACAGGGACGCCCUGCUCACCAGCACCAUCAACUGUGUCACCAGCUUCAUCUCCGGGUUCGCGAUCUUCUCCAUCCUCGGCUACAUGGCCCAUGAGCACAAGGUCAACAUCGAGGAUGUGGCCACUGAAGGAGCUGGUCUGGUUUUCAUCUUGUACCCAGAAGCCAUUUCCACCCUGUCAGGAUCCACGUUCUGGGCGGUCGUGUUCUUCAUCAUGCUCCUGGCUCUGGGGAUUGACAGCUCAAUGGGAGGCAUGGAGGCCGUCAUCACCGGCCUGGCGGACGAUUUCCAGGUCCUGAAGAGACACCGGAAGCUCUUCACAUUUGGUGUCACCUUUGGGACCUUCCUCCUGGCCCUGUUCUGCAUAACCAAGGGUGGGAUGUACGUGCUGACCCUGCUGGACACCUUUGCGGCGGGGACCUCCAUUCUGUUUGCUGUGCUCAUGGAAGCCAUCGGAGUCUCCUGGUUCUAUGGUGUGGACAGGUUCAGCAACGACAUCCAGCAGAUGAUGGGCUUCAAGCCGGGCCUCUACUGGAGACUGUGCUGGAAGUUUGUCAGCCCCGCCUUCCUCCUGUUUGUGGUGGUGGUGAGUGUCAUCAACUUCAAGCCGCUCAACUACGACGACUACGUCUUCCCGCUCUGGGCCAACUGGGUCGGGUGGGGCAUCGCGCUCUCCUCCAUGGUGCUGGUCCCCGCCUACGGCAUCUACAAGUUCUUCAGCAUUCGGGGCUCCCUUCGGGAGAGGCUGGCCUAUGGCAUCACCCCGGAGAACGAGCAUCACCUGGUGGCGCAGAGGGACGUCAGGCAGUUCCAGCUGCAGCACUGGCUGGCCAUCUGA